AUGCGAGUAUUAGCAGUUCGUCCUAAGCCCGCUUCUUGCGACGACGGGUUAGGUUUUGUGAACGGACAACUACAAUAUCACCUUGUCCUAAGCCCGGUUUCUUGCGACGACGCAUAUGGACCACAUACCGUCAAAAACGAAGUAAAUAAGGAUUUUGUUAUGAAAUUGUUAGAGAUGAGGUAUGGAGAUCGUUCCUGUUAA